AUGGACGUGUUCGGGGGAGCUCCGCGGUUCCUGGCCUACCCUCGCCCGGUGCUGGUCCAGAGCGGCACCGACGCCGUCCUCAAGUGUCAGAUCGGAGGAGACCCCAGACCGGCCGUCAUCUGGGAACGCAACAACGAGAAGAUUGACCCCCAAGGACGAUAUCGCGUGUUCGAAGACGGGAACGUUUACAACCUGAUCAUCACUUCUGUCACGAUCGAGGACAGCGGACAGUAUAUCUGCAAAGCCAAAAACAGCAUCGGGGAGACCUAUGCGGCGGCUACACUCAAGGUGGAAGGAGAGGCUCAGGAGAUGGAGCUACGAGAGGAAAACAAGCCACGCUUUCUCAUCAAACCUCUGUCGACGCGAGCUGGACGUGGAGAGGAUGCUGUUUUCUCCUGUAAAAUUUGGGGCAACCCUAAACCCGAUGUUGUUUGGGAGAAAGAUGGCAAAAAACUAAACGAGAUUUUCGAAAGUACUCAUUUUAGCGUUGGCUCACAAGAUGGCGGGUGGUUUCAGCUGAAGAUUUUCAAAACACGAGCGCCGGACGGUGGAGUUUAUACUUGCAAAGCGAGGAAUGAGUUUGGCGAAGCGUUAGCUGGGGCCGUGCUAUUGGUGGACGCGGGGCCCGGACACGAUGAUGAAGCGAACAGAAACGGAUACACAAACGGACAUUGGAAACCUAUCCCGGGACGCAGCGGUCGACCGGCGCCGAACCGCUUAAACGAUACGAUGACGAAAACAGCAAAAGUGAAAAUGUUUGCGGUGACGGAAGGAAAGCACGCUAAGUUCAGGUGUUUUGUAACGGGCAAACCGAAGCCGGAGAUUAUCUGGAGGAAAGAUGGUCGUCUGAUCCUGUCCGGGAGGAGGUACCUGUUGUACGAGGACAGAGAGGGGUACUUCACGCUCAAAGUGUUGUACUGUAAACAGAAGGAUAAUGGAGUGUACGUUUGCGCCGCGUCCAACACGGCCGGACAGACUCUGAGCGCCGUGCACCUGUCUGUCAAAGAGCCACCGGUGCGGUUCAAACAGCCACUCAUCGACCUGGAGGUGUGGGAGCGGGACCUGGCGGUUCUGGAGUGUGAGGUACCAGAGGACUCAGUGCCCAUCACCUGGUACCUGGAGGACCGACGGCUGCAGCCCGGAGCCAAGUAUGACAUGGAGCAGUGGGGCACCAAGAGGAGACUGACCAUCAGGGACAUCGGGGUAGACGACGAUGGGAUCUACCUGUGUGAGAUGCCCGAUGGGGGGAGGAGCAUCGCCGAGGUCGCUGUCAAAGGCACCAUAGUGAGGAAGCUCCCUCGCAAAGUGGACGUUCUGGAGGGGGAGAACGCGGCGUUCUGUGUGGAGGUGGAGAAGGAGGAGAUGGACAUUCACUGGUACAAAGAUGGAGUGGAGCUGAGAGAGACCCAUCAGACCAUCCUCAAGUCAUUCGGACGCACCCACAUCCUGGUCUUUGUCAACACCAUGCCCCAGGACACAGGGCAGGUCAUGUUCUUUGUGGGACGAUCUAAAACCUCCUCACAGCUCAGGGUCAAAGCGGCCCGUCACUGCCCGCCCAGUGCUCCUGUAGGGGUUCAGAUCAACACGGAGCGGGCCAACGCUGCUCUGCUCUCCUGGAUCCCCGCUCAGGACUCCAGGAAAAACCCUCCGUCCGGAUACGUCCUGGAGCGUCAGGAAGUGGGCACGGGUUCUCAGGAGUGGCUCCAGUGUUUGACCACCGACUCGGCCACGUCUGUGGAGAUCCUGGGAGACAGUGUUCCCUGUGAGGCCGACUACCGCUUCAGGAUCUGCAGCGUCAACAAGUACGGCAAGAGUAACAACGUGGAGUUCCCCCGCACCGUGCACCUGGUGCCGGUGGCCCGGAUACAGGCUCCUCUUCAGGACGCUCUGGUUCCUGAGGGACAGGACGCAAUCUUCUCCAUCGAGCUCACCGCCUCAGUCAUCGGGACCUGGUUCUUAAACGGGACUCAGAUCCAGGAGGACGAGCGGUUUUCCAUGAGACGAACCCGGACGCACCAGUCCCUGCGGAUACGCGGAGUACGAGACACGGACAACGGAGCAGAGAUCACGUUUAUCGCCUACGGAAUCAGAGACUCUGCUGCCCUGUACAUACAAGCUCCUCUGGUGAAGUUCUCCCCUCUGUCUGAGAUGGACAGAAACAAGUUUGUGGAGAUGGGGAAUCCUAUCGUUUUAUACUGUGAGCUGUCCGACCCCGCAGCCCCGGUGCACUGGUACAAGAACGGAGUCGAACUACAGACCACGGAGGGGCUACACAUCCAGUCUGAGGGCACCAUGAGACGCAUCGUCAUCCAAUCAGCAGAGUUCUCUCACUCAGGUGUUUACUGCUGUGAUGCCAUCGAUGACGUCAUCCGGUUCAACGUAGAAGUAGAAGCUCCUCCGGUCACGUUUAGAGAAAUCCCAGAGGAGGAUCUGCUGAGGACCAUAGUGGAGCAGGAGGAGCUGGUACUGUCCUGUGACGUCUCCGUGCCAGAGGGGGCAGUGCAGUGGUACAAAGACGGAGUCGAAGUCCAACCAAACAAGGCCGUGGUUAUUCAGGCUGAAGGCACCACCAGGACUCUAACCCUCCGCUCAGCUCAGCUCUGUGACACCGGAACAUUCUCCUGCCGAACCGGAGACAAUGUGGUCAUGUUCAAAGUGACCGUCCUAGAACCUCCAGUUAUGAUCGUCUACCCUAAAGAGGACGUACAUUUGGAUCGACACGUCCCAGAGGAGGUGAUCCUGAGCUGUGAGCUGUCUCGCCCGAAUGGAGUUGUGAGCUGGUACAAAGAUGGACAGAAGCUUCAGGAGAGUGAGAACAUCAAGCUGAAGGUAGAGGGCCCGUAUAGAAGACUGAAGAUCAUGUCCUGUCGAGUGGAGGACUCAGGGGAGUACGUCUGUGACACCGACCAUGACUCCAUCUUCUUCCAGCUCAAUAUCACAGAGCCCCCAGUGCGUAUCGUUUCCCCAAGUCAGUCCCAAAUGGAGUUGUGUCAGCAGACCUCCGAGCGCAUGGUCCUGAGCUGUGAGAUCUCCCGUCCAAACGCGGUGGUGCGCUGGUACAGAGACGGGUUGCAGGUGGAGGAGAGCCAGAACCUUCUCAUUGAAGAGGACGGAGUCUACAGAAGACUAAUCAUCCCCAAAACCACCGUCCAGGAUUCCGCCGAGUAUGUCUGUGACACAGCUGAUGACUCCAUGACCUUCUUCGUCAACAUUGCAGAGCCUCCAGUGCGCUUCGUCCGACCGCGUAAGUCGGCAAGUAAAGUGGAGUGUGCGGCCGGUGAGGAGGUGGUCCUGGAGUGUGAGGUGUCCAGGCCGAACGCCGAGGUGACCUGGAAGAGGAACGGAGACGAGGUGGAGGACUCAAAGAACAUCUCGAUCCUGGAGGAGGGCGUGAUGAGACAGCUGACCAUCCACGCUCUGUCUGAGGAGGAAGCGGGGCAAUACGUGUGUGACGCCAAAGACGACCUCAUGGACUUCACCGUCACCAUCAAGGAGCCUCCAGUGAGGAUUGUGGGUAAACCUGAGGGCCGCACAGAGAAGACGUUUGUGCUGGAGGAUGACAUCAUUCUAGUGUGUGAGCUGUCGAGGGCCAACGCCGCUGUCACAUGGAGCAAAGACGGGUUCCCCCUGGAGGAGAGCGAUCGGUACUGUGCAGAGGAGCAGGGCGUGUUCAGGUCUCUGGUGGUUCUGAACGCAGAGCUGCAGGACUCUGGAGAGUACAGCUGUGACGCUGGGGAUGACAACAUGGUCUUCUACAUCACUGUCAAAGAGCCUCCAGUCCAGAUCAUGGGAAACUCAGGUACUCCAGAGCGCCACCUGCUGUUGUGUGGGGAGGAUCUGGUGUUGGAGUGUGAGGUUUCUCGGGCCAACGCUGAGGUGCGAUGGCUGAAGGACGGAGAGGAGCUGAGCCCAGAUGAGAGAGUGACCAUCCAGAGCGGUGAUGUUCUGAGGAAGCUGGUCUUGAUGAACCUGCAGGAAUCAGACAGUGGAGAGUACACCUGCGACGCCACGGACGACAAGAUGAUCACCAUUGUCCAAGUGCAGGCGCCUCGUGUGGUGGAGUUCAUCGCAGGCCUGCGGAGCGUCACCGUGAGGGAGGGGGAAGACGCCGUGUUUAAAUGUGUGGUGUCUCCGGAGGAUGUCGCCCUCGUGUGGCAGAUUAACGGACGCGUGCCUCCGAGUGACCGCGCCGCAGCGACACAGAACGGCACCUGUCACACUCUGCGCCUCGACAGGUGCAGACUGCAGGACUGCGGCAGGGUUAGUGCCAACGCGGAGGGGCAGGUGUCCACCGCCGAGCUGCAGGUGCAAGAGCCGCAGGUGGUGUUCACGCGUCAGAUGUCGGCGGUGUCAGCAGAGGAGUUCGGGGAGGCUCUUCUGGAGGUGGAGGUGAGCGAGGACUCGGGGGAGGUGCAGUGGAUGAGACAGGGGGUCCUGCUCCACGCCGGGCCCAAGUACAGCCUCCUGAAGCGGGGUCGCACACACAGCCUCAGGGUCCAGCGCCUGGCUCUGUCCGACAGCGGGAAGUACAGCUGUGAGACUCUGCACGACCGCACCCAAGCCCAGCUCACCGUCACACCUCGUCGAAUCUCCAUAACAAAGGGUCUGUCCGAUAUAAGGACCACGGAGCGGGAGACGGCGUCCUUCGAGGUGCACCUUUCCCACCCGGAUCUGCCUGGGACCUGGUUCCGAAACGGGACUAAGCUCAAAGCCAGCACUCACUUCAGGAUGAGCUGCAAGGGCCUGGUGCACAGUCUGACCAUCACUCACCUGAGCGUGGACGACACGGGCAGCUUCAUGUUCUGUGUGGAGGAGCUCAAGACCACGGCCAGGCUCGUGGUUCGAGAGCCUCCAGUGUCCAUCCUGAGGAAGCUGGAGGACCAGAGGUUUCCUGAUGGAGCCGUCGUCUCCAUCGAGUGUGAGCUCUCCAGACACAACGUGGACGUCAAGUGGCUCAAGAAUGGAGCGGAAGUGAAGCCCAGUAAAGAGCUGAGGAUCUACGCUAUGGGCCGUAAGAGGUUCCUGCAGGUCAUGAAGUGUCGAGUGAGCGACUCUGGAGUUUACACGUGUGACGCAGGAGACACCAGCACCUCCUGCAGUGUGGAGGUCUACGAGCGAGAGCUGGUGAUUCUUCAUGAGCUGGAGGAUCUGGAGAUCGAAGAAGACCAGAACGCUGUGUUCAUGUGUGAACUGUCUGUGGAGGAUGUUCAAGGAGAGUGGUACAAGAAGGGAGAGAAGAUCCAGAACACGAGCACCAUCAAGACCAGACAAGAAGGCACGAAGCACUUCCUGCUCAUGUGUAACGUGCGGCCGGAGGAUUCUGGAGAGAUCAAGUUUGUGGCUCGACACGUGGAGUCUGUGGCCUAUCUGGACGUGGAAGAGCUGCCGGUGAGCAUCGUGAAGCCUCUGCGGGACCAGACGGUGGUGGAGAAAACUCGAGUUCUUCUCGACUGUACCGUGUCUAACCCGCGCUGCUCCUGCCGCUGGUACAGAGGCUGCAGCGUGAUCCUCCCCUCUGAACGCUUCGAGAUCUGCAGUGAGGGCUGCACCAGGAAACUCAUCAUACAGCAGGUGGCGCUAGAGGACGACGGCACGUACAGCGUGCAGGUGGGAGAGCACAGCUGCUCUGCUAAACUCACUGUGGAGGCCCAGUCGGUGUCUCUGGUCCAGGAGCUGUCAGACGUGCAGGUGCGGGCCCCGGACGAGGCGUGUUUCCAGGUGGAGGUGUCAGCUCCGGUACAGAAGGCUCCGGUGUGGACUCUGAACGGAGAGGUUCUCCAGCCCAGCCCCCGGGUCCUCCUGGAGAAGAUGGGCACGCUCCACAGACUGACCUUCAGGUUGACCUCGGAGGAGACCAGCGGAGACGUGGAGUUCAGCAUCGGCAAGACCAGCAGCAGGGCCAGGCUCACCGUCAUCUCUGACCCCGAGUGACCCCUGUCUGCUCCUCACUUACCCAAGACCUCACAAGAUCCAAGACCCAAGACCUGGUCCAAGUCCCAAGACCUAGUCCUGGUCCAGAUCUAGACCUUGGUCCAAAGCCAAAGAGUGUAAACCCUCCUGUCAAUGUCCACUUAGCACUGACCGCUUCAUUACACUGACU